CGUGUGUCACUGGAGUAAUGUGUCGCAUGUGGUUUAACAGUGCGCCAUGAAUUUAUGUCAGUAAGUUAAGAUAAUUCUUCAAAAUGUUUUUUGGAAAAGAAGUGCCAUGGCGGCGUUUGGAGGGCAUGUCGUUUGGCAUGUACUCUUCGGAAGAGAUAAGGAAGCUGAGUGUGAAGGCGAUCACUAACUUCAGAUUCCUCGAUGGUGUUGGGAAUGUGGCCCCGAACAGCCUGUACGACCUGGCCCUGGGACCAGCAGACAACAAAGAGGUUUGUUCAACUUGCUGUCAGGACUUCAACAACUGUCCAGGCCACCUGGGACAUGUAGAGCUACCUCUGCCUGUAUACAACCCGCUGUUCUUUGAUAAACUCUACCUACUGAUUCGGGGUUCGUGUCUGGUGUGUCACAUGUUAACCUGUCCCCGAGCUGCCAUCCACCUGCUGCUCAACCAGCUCACGUUAGUGGACCUCGGAGCCAUGCAGGAGGUCUACCAAGCAGAGCAAGUUCUCAAUCAUUACCUGGAGGAGAAUCCCACAGCCACUGGAGAUGAGAUUCAGCAGGUGCUUAAGGAGUUUAUAAACACGGUAAUUGGAGUGAACACUGAAGGUUCAGAGAACAUCAAACCAAUUAAACACCUGGUUGAAAAGAAAACCAGCCUGAUAAAUGACUUCUGGAAGAUCCAUAUUAAAUCUAGGAAAUGUCCUUUCUGCAGGAGUGGUAGAUUCACAGUGCGUCGUGAACACAACAGUAAGCUGAUUGUCACAGCGCCGGCAGGGGUAAAGACCAGUACUGGUGAUACUGAUGCACUAGAUCUGACGGAUGGUAAGAGAGUCUACCUGACUGCUAGUACUGCUAGAGAACACACCAUCCAACUGUGGGAGAAAGAAGGUUUCUUUCUGAAGUGUCUGUUCUCUGGGCUGGAGGAGGGACAGAAAGGUUUCUGGCCUGACUUGUUCUUCUUAGACCUGCUCGUGGUCCCACCUUGCAGGUAUCGCCCCAUCAAUCGACUGGGUGACCAGAUGUUUACCAACAGUCAGACAGUCAACAUGCAGGCUGUCAUGAAGGACUGUGUAAUCAUAAGGAAACUUCUGGCUCUCAUUGCAGGAGAGAAAGAUACUCAGGAAGAAGAGGCUCCUGAACAGACCGACCAGUCAUUUCUCUCUGGGAUCCCUGGACAGACUUUAACAGAUAAACUCUACAACAUCUGGAUCCGACUACAGUCCCACGUCAACAUUGUUUUUGACAGUGACAUGGACAAACUGAUGACUGAAAAGUACCCUGGAAUUAGACAGAUCCUGGAGAAGAAGGACGGAUUGUUCCGGAAACACAUGAUGGGCAAACGAGUGGACUAUGCAGCACGAUCUGUCAUUUGUCCAGACAUGUACAUAGGAACCAACGAGAUAGGAAUACCUAUGGUGUUUGCCACCAAGCUGACGUACCCUCAACCUGUCACUCCAUGGAACGUGAAGGAGCUUCGCCAGGCCGUCCUUAACGGGCCCAGCGUCCACCCUGGUGCUUCCAUGGUGAUAAACGAGGAUGGCAGGAGAACCAUCCUAUCAGCUACUAGCUUUGCACAGAGAGAAGCGGUUGCUAAGCAGCUGCUGACACCCUGUCCUGGUCCACAUAAGAUGCCAAUGAAGAUAGUGAAUCGUCAUAUAAAAAAUGGAGAUGUUUUGUUACUCAACAGACAACCAACUCUACACAGACCCUCCAUACAGGCCCACUGUGCCCGCAUCCUACCAGGAGAGAAGGUACUAAGGCUCCAUUAUGCCAACUGCAAGGCGUACAAUGCUGACUUUGAUGGAGAUGAAAUGAAUGCUCACUUCCCUCAGAGCGAGCUGGCCAGAGCAGAGGCCUAUACGUUAGUCAGCACGGACCAGCAGUACCUUGUCCCCAAGGAUGGUAAACCUUUAGCGGGUCUGAUCCAGGACCACAUGGUGUCAGGAACGAGGAUGACGAUACGAGGAUGUUUCUUCACCAGAGACCAGUAUACAGAGUUGGUGUACAGAGGACUGACAGACAAACCAGGUAGAGUCAAGCUGCUGCCGCCAGCCAUACUCAAACCACGGCUGCUAUGGACAGGAAAACAGGUGGUUUCUACGCUUCUGCUAAAUGUGAUCCCACACAACGCUGUGCCUCUCAAUCUGGUGGGCAAAUCAAAAAUUCCCAGCAAAGCAUGGAUCCAAGUCCCGCCACGUGCAGCUCCGGGAUACAGACCUGACAGCAUGUGUGACUCACAGGUGGUGAUUCGUCAGGGGGAGCUGUUGGUGGGGGUUUUGGACAAAGCUCACUAUGGCUCUUCAGCCUACGGCCUGGUCCACUGCUGCUAUGAGCUGUAUGGAGGAGAGACUAGUGGCAAACUGCUCAGCUCUCUGGCCCGACUUUUCACUGCUUACCUGCAGCUCUACAGAGGCUUUACCCUGAGCGUGGAGGACAUCCUGGUGAAAUCGGGCGCCAAUAAGCAGAGGAAAAAAAUUAUUAAGACGUCUCUGAAGAUUGGCACCAAAGCCCUUCAUGCAGCGUUCAACCUGCCCUCCAGCGUAGAUCAAGCUGAGGCUCGGAGUCGCUGGCAGGACGCUCACCUCAACCCAGACCAGAGAGACUUCACCAUGGCUGACCACAAGUUCAAAGAAGUGGCCAAUCAAGUGAACAAUGAUAUCAACAAGGUGUGUAUGCCAGCUGGACUCCACACCUCUUUCCCAGACAACAAUCUCCAGCUGAUGGUCCAAUCAGGAGCCAAGGGGUCGACUGUUAACACCAUGCAGAUUUCCUGUCUACUAGGUCAGAUUGAGUUGGAGGGCCGCAGGCCUCCUCUGAUGCCUUCUGGAAAAUUUUUGCCAUGCUUCCAGCCAUAUGACCCUUCACCUGGCGCUGGGGGCUUUGUCUCUGGAAGGUUCCUCACAGGCAUCAAAGCACAGGAGUUCUUCUUCCACUGCAUGGCUGGCAGAGAGGGACUGGUCGACACAGCUGUGAAAACAUCUAGAUCAGGAUACCUGCAGAGAUGCAUCAUAAAGCAUCUGGAGGGUUUGGUAGUACAGUAUGAUAUGACAGUGAGGGACAGCGAUGGAUCAGUGGUCCAGUUCCUGUAUGGUGAGGAUGGGCUGGACAUCCCAAAGACUCAGUUCCUUCAGCCACGACAGUUCCCAUUCAUAGAGGACAACUAUGAGGUCAUCAAGAGGUCCCAGGGCCUGGAUGAGGUUUUAGAACGUUUGGACCUUCAGAGUGCCAGUCAGCACUAUGCAGCCAUCCAGCGCUGGAAAGCAAAGAGAGAGACAGCAUGUCCACGGAGAGGUGCGUUCCUGUUAUUUUCCCAGAAGAAGUUAGCCAAACUAAAACGAACUGAACAUGGAACAGAGCCAGCUGUGUACAACAGAGAGCUCAUACAGCAGUGGCGCUCUCUGGAUGAAGUAAGCAGAUCAAAAUACAGGAGGAAGUCCUCCCGCUGUCCUGAACCAUCUCUGGGUAUAUUUAGGCCAGAUGUCUGCUUCGGAUCUAUUUCUGAAAACUUUCAUGACAUCACAGAGAAAUACCUGCAGAGCAGAGGCCAGAGUCAGGACAGCUUGGAUACACACAGCCUUCGCCAGCUGUUUCAUUAUAAGUGGCAGCGUUCACUGUGCAACCCUGGUGAAGCAGUGGGUCUCCUGGCAGCUCAGUCCAUAGGCGAACCCUCCACCCAGAUGACCCUCAAUACCUUCCACUUUGCUGGCAGAGGAGAGAUGAACGUCACUUUGGGAAUCCCUCGACUGAGGGAGAUCCUGAUGGUGGCCAGCUCCAACAUUAAAACUCCCAUGAUGAGUGUCCCAGUGCUAAACAACGAGAGAGCCUUAAACAGGGCCAAGACGCUCCGUAAGAAACUCAACAGGGUGUAUCUGGCUGAGGUGCUGCACAAGGUGAAUGUGGUAGAGACUCUGCGGAUUGCAAGUCACGAAAAGCAGCGCGCUUUCAAAGUCACCUUCCACUUUCUUCCUGCACAGCGCUACUGUGAUGACAAGCUGCUGUCGCCUCACCAAAUCCUCCACUACAUGGAAACAAGGUUUUUCCGUCUCCUCCUUGAAGCCAUUAAGAAGCGCAGCGCCAAACUGGCCUCCAUCGUUGUAGAGACGAGGAAGGCCACUCCCCGAGAUAAAGACCAUGAUGGUGAUGGAACGGGUGACACAGCAGGGGUAGAUGAUUUGGAGGGAGAGGAGGAGAGAGAGAUUGUUGAUGACCAAGGGAAUGAAGGAGAUGCCGACGCUUCAGACGCCAAGAGAAAAGGCAAGCAGGAAGAGGAGGUGGACUAUGAGAGUGAGGAGGAAGAUGAACGUGGGAGUGCCGAAGAUAAAGAAGAUCAGGGGGAGGAAGAGGAGGAGGAGAGUGCAGAGGACCAGGCACUGGACAAGGCUCAGGCAGAGUCUGCAGGAGUGAGGGUGGAAAGGAAGGCAAAAAGAGAAAAAGGAGGAGGAAAAGGAAAAGAAGACACCUUGAAACAGAUAAGAGUGAACUCUGUUCUGGACUCCAACCAGGCAAUAGAGAGAUACUCCUAUGAUCACAAGCACGAGCUCUGGUGUGAGGUUGACCUGGUCUUGCCAUUGACCAAGGUGCACUUCGACCUGACCUCAGUCCUGUCAGCACUGGCCCAGAAUGCUGUAAUUAUGGAAACCAAGGGCCUGACUCGCUGCCUGUUAAGUGAAACUACAACAAAGAUGGGGGAAAAAGAGACGAUUCUCAAUACGGAGGGCAUCAACAUGCACGAAAUGUUCAAGCACAGUGAUAUCUUGGACAUCAACAGGCUCUACUCCAAUGAGAUCCAUGCCAUGGCCAACACCUAUGGCAUUGAAGUAGCUCUGAAGGUCAUAGAGAAGGAGAUAAAGGAUGUCUUUGCUGUCUACGGUAUUGAGGUUGACCCCAGACAUUUGUCACUGGUAGCAGACUACAUGUGUUUUGAAGGUGUAUAUAAGCCAUUAAACCGGCACGCCAUCAGGUCCAACUCAUCCCCCCUGCAGCAGAUGACCUUUGAGACAAGCUACAAAUUCCUCAAGCAGGCCACCAUGCUGGGGUCGCACGAUCAGCUGGUGUCACCCUCAGCCUGCCUGGUGGUGGGGAAGGUGGUUAAAGGUGGAACAGGACUGUUUGAACUGAAACAACCUCUGCAGUAGGAGAGCACAUACUGCAGAGAGCAGUCAGAUUGGUUGGAUGUGGAAAAAAUGAAGAAAUGACCUGAUGCGAUUACAGAGUUAAAGUGCAUUUUCGUUCAGUUAUGAUGACAGCAUAAAAAUAUUUUUCUCCUUUUAUUUAAUAAU